GGACCUGAGCGCACUGGGGCUGCCCUUUGCAGGGUGCCUGGCCCCAGUACAGGCUUGAGAUGCUUCAUUCCCGGCAGGCGAAGGUGCCUGGAACGUGCCUGCUCACCGUGCGUGUCCUGCAGGCCCACGGGCUGCCUUCCAAGGACCUGCUCACCCCCUCCGACUGCUAUGUGACCCUGUGGCUGCCCACGGCCUCCAGCCACCGGCUGCAGACACGCACCGUGAAGAACAGCCGGAACCCCGUCUGGAAUCAGAGCUUCCACUUCCGCAUCCACUGCGAGCUCAAGAAUAUCAUGGAACUGAAGGUCUUCGACCAGGACCUGUUGACCCAAGACGACCCGCUGCUGUCUGUGCUGUUUGAUGUGGGGACCCUGCGAAUGGGGGAGUCCCGGCGCCAGAGCUUCUCGCUGAGUUCUCAGGUGCAGGAGCGGCUGGAAGUCGAAUUUCGUCUGCAGAGCCUGCCGGCCGAGGCGGAGCAGCUCACCAGCAACGGCAUCCUGGUGGCCCGGGAGCUGUCGCGCUUGCAUGUUCAGCUGGAGCAGAUGGGGUCCCCAAAAGAGUCAGAGGGCAGGGUCCAGCUCGUGCUUCCCGGCGCCUGUGAGGGCUCCCAGGAGGCCUGUGUGGGCACCGGCUCGUUCUGCUUCCACUGCCCGGCCUGCUGGGAGCCGGAGCUGAGCAUCCACCUGAAGGACGACCCCCAGCAGCGGCUGACGGUGCCCCUGCAGGCCCUGCCCUCCUGCCAGUCGGUGCGGCUCGUCUUCCCCACAUCCCAGGAACCCUUGAUGAGGGUGGAGCUGAAGAAGGAAGAGGGACCCGGGGAGCUGGCCGUGCGGCUGGGCUGUGGGCUGUGCCCGCAGGAGCAGGCCUUCCUGCGCAGGAGGAAGCAGAGGGUGGCCAAGGCCCUGAAGCAUGCCCUGCAGCUGGAUGGAGACUUGCAUGAGGACGAGGUCCCAGUGGUAGCCGUUAUGGCUACUGGCGGCGGCACCCGGGCGAUGACUUCCUUAUACGGGCAGCUGGCCGGCCUGAGGGAGCUGGGCCUGUUGGACUGCGUCUCCUACAUCACGGGGGCCUCGGGCUCCACCUGGGCUUUGGCCAACUUGUAUGAGGACCCAGAGUGGUCUCAGCAGGACCUGGCAGGGCCCACCGCGCUGCUAAAGGCCCAGGUGACAAAGAGCAAGCUGGGUGCGCUGGCCCCCAGCCAGCUGCAGCGGUACCGGCAGGAGCUGGCCGAGCGCGCCCGCCUGGGCCACCCGCCCUGCUUCACCAACCUGUGGGCCCUCAUCAACGAGGCUCUGCUGCAUGAGGAGCCCCAAGACCACAAACUCUCAGAUCAACAGGAGGCCUUGAAUCGUGGGCAGAACCCUCUGCCCAUCUACUGCGCCCUCAACGCCAAGGCGCAGGGCCUGACGACCUUUGAAUUUGGGGAGUGGUGCGAGUUCUCCCCCUACGAGGUGGGCCUGCCCAAGUACGGGGCCUUCAUCCCCUCCCAGCUCUUCGGCUCCGAGUUCUUCAUGGGGCGGCUGGUGAAGGAGCUCCCCGAAUCCCGCAUCUGCUUUCUGGAAGGCAUCUGGAGCAACCUGUACGCCGCCAGCCUCCAGGACAGCCUGUACUGGGCCUCAGAGCCCGGCCAGUUCUGGGACCGCUGGGCUCAGGACCGAGCCAGCCUGGACAAAGAGGAGGUCCCCCAGCUAAAGAUGGAGGAGCCGCCCACAGCGGCCGGCAGGAUCGCCGGGCUUUUCACCGACCUCCUGACAAAGCGGCCGCUCGCCCAAGCCACCCACAACUUCCUGCGCGGCCUCCAGUUUCACAAGGACUAUUUCCAGCACCCGCACUUCUCCGCCUGGAAAGCUACCAAGCUGGAUGGCCUCCCCAACCAGCUGACCCCCGCGGAGCCCUACCUGUGCCUGCUGGACGUGGGCUACCUCAUCAACACGAGCUGCGCGCCCCUCCUGCAGCCCGCCCGGGGCGUGGACCUCAUCCUGUCGCUGGACUACAACCUGCACGGAGCCUUCCAGCAGCUGCAGCUGGUGGACAGGUUCUGCCAGGAGCAGGGGAUCCCGUUCCCCCACAUCUCGCCCACGGCGGAGGAGCAGCGCGAGCCGCGCGAGUGCCACGCCUUCCACGACCCCGCCCGGCCCGAAGCCCCCAGCCUGCUGCACUUCCCUCUGGUCAACGCCUCAUUCCGAGAGUUCUCAGCCCCCGGAGUGCCGCGGACACCCGAGGAGAAGGCGGCCGGGGAGGUGAACCUGUCUCCUGAGGACUCCCCCUACCACUACACAAAGGUGACCUACAGCCCAGAGGACACGGACAAGCUCCUGAGCCUGACCCGGUACAACAUCCUCUGCAGCCGGCCACAGCUGCUCGAGGCUCUGCGCCAGGCCGUGCAGCGGCGCAGGCAGCGCAGGCCCCGGUGAUGAGGCCACCGCCCC